AUGACUGGUUUCAUUUUUGACCGAAAUCAGGACCUAGUCAAUGAAGCAACUGACUCGCUCAUGCGACAAGAAGAAAUUGAACCAAUGAUGUUAGAAUACGGUUUAAUUAAUCACACUAUUUCAAAGUUAAACACAUUUGAACGCAUUCCCAGGGAAGAAUAUUGUCUGUCAGAUCAAUGCAUGGGCAAGACAACAGAUGAAGGACUCUCCCAACAUCAACAUUAUCCUUCAUUUUCAUUUAAUUCAUCGUUGAAUAAUACAAUGAAUUCAUCUGGAUAUGAAAGUGGAAAUGAUAUUAGUUUUGAACCAGAACAACAACAACAACAUAAUUCAAAAGUCGUCAAAAGUCAGUUUUCAGUAUAUAAUGGAAUCAAUACAAUUUAUAACAAUCAACAAUUACAGGAAGAUUCAAAGGAGUUGUAUUAUGCUCGAACAAUCUUUACCCAUCCUCCGGAACAGCAUUCUACAUUAACUGUUGACUCAAAUGAAGAUGUGGAAUUCAGUUAUGAUCAGGAAGAAACUCGAGAUUCUUUUAAUUCCAGUGAGAGCAUUCAACAUCGUGUAUCACGAAAAAAACGUCGGAUAUUAUCGAAGGAUCAACGAACAGAAGCGAAUCAACGCGAACGAAGACGAAUGGAAACAAUGAACAGUGCGUACGCUAAUUUACGUGAAAUAUUGCCACAUAAAAAUGGAAGAAAACGACGUAAAAUGUCUCGUAUUGAUAUUGUCGUGGGAGCGAUUGACUAUAUUCAUAAAUUAGAAACUUUACUGGAUGAUUAA